AUGGCAGAAAAUCCGGUACGUUUCGGUAUCAUCGGAUGUGCUGAUAUAGCUAAGAAAGUGGAUAGAUCUACAGAUUUAGCACCCAACGCUGUCUUCCAUGCCAUCUCUAGCCGUUCGAUCGAAAAGGCAAGGAAUUUCGCUGUUACAAAUGGGCUACCUGAGGCCGUGAAUAUCUAUGAAAGCUACGAUCAGGUUCUCGACGACCCGUGCGUAGACGCCGUCUAUGUUCCUCUGCCCACUAGCCUUCACGUACACUGGGUCGUCCUGGCUGAGCGUAAGAAGAAUCAUUUGCUUUUGAAAAAAAAAAAAAAAAAAAAAAAAUCGACAGCUUUUGAUGUGGCAAAGCUUGAUCGGAUAUUGCAAGCAUGCCAAUCUAACGUUGUACAGUUCAUGGAUGGGAGCAUGUGGCUGCAUGAGCUCUCUGAACCCGAAGAUGAAGAGGAGGAAGUUAGAGACGACGAUGGUGGGAUCCGUGAGGUUGAUAAUCAAGAUCGGACAUCGGCGAGGAGCUUGCCUUCGACUCUACCUGCUGCGCUUGAGCCUCGCUCGCAUGUGCCCGUACUCGUAUUCGUUGGCUGA